UAUAAAUGGUUUAAUUUCAUUGCAAGAAUUUUUUUUGAAUUAUAUAAAUAUUUUUAGUUUGGCUUUUAUGAACUUUUUCCCAAACCUUAGUAAAUUCGUCCGAUUAUCUUCGCACAGGCACCCGUUUUUCGCCCGGCACUAAAAGGGUUAAGCAGUGUCAUAAAUGAGUAAUUGACUGGUUCGGAGGUCUGAGUAGAUAAAGGUUGAAAGGAUAUCGGUAGAACUUUACCUGUUUUCUGUAGGAAUUAGUGACAAAGGGAGAAAUCCACUCGCGGCGCUCGGCUCUGUAGUUAUGGCAACAGCGACGCUCUGGUUUCAGUACGUCCUUGAUUAACCAAGUCUCAUAACAAAGAAUACAAAUGAAACGGAUUACUUCGUCGCAUUCGGUUUCGCUACUACUAACUUCGUUCUAUUAUAUUUCCAAUUUGUCUAUAGGAUUUAUGUUUAUUAUAUAAUUUUAAUAUCAAUUUUCUUUCGAUAAUAUUUGUUUCAUUCCUGUUUCUUUGCAUUCUUACGUUUCUUAGAAUACUUGCUCUUAGAUUAUAAUUCAAAUAAAAUCCAAUACCAACUUUACAGAGAUUCUCCAGAUGUUAGUCAUGUGACUUUGACAUCACUAAACGUGCUGCUAAAUUGAUAAUAGAACACUGUUUGUGAGUGUGCUCACAAUUUUGUCCCUCAAAAUCUAAUAGAUUCAAUAUAUUUUGUUAUAUUUAAUGUUUACCUUUGAUAUUGCGAAAAUAAUUUUGGUAAUUAUUUAGUUUGGGAUGUUUUCCGCCGAUUUCGAUGAUUUUUGGAUAUGUUGUCAAAAACGUAAUUUUAAGUACUCAUUAUGUCGCGAUUAUGUCUCACUCGUGGUUAUAGGCCAAGGGGUUAAAAUAACUUCAAAGAAACAAUGAACUCACAAUUUUGUGCGGCAAUGUAUAUGUCAACUCACUGCUUCAGAAACAAAACAAAUAUUCGCGAUUAUUGACAUAGGUUUCUGAAUUGCACCGUAAUUCAGAACAUAUCACACGAUGUUCCUAAUGUAGGUUAUGCUGGAUUGAGAGAUGGCAAUAUUAUAUUGAAUGUACAUUCUGCAUUAUUAAAAACUUGUUGGAAAUGUCAGAAAAAAUGAUUGCUGAUCAAUAUAAACAAGAAAGAACAUGGAAUGAUGUUAAAAUAGAUGAUAAGAUUUAUAUGAUUUCUGUUACACAAAAGGAUGACAAAUUAGAAGUUAUUUUAACUAAUCUUAUUGAAAUAUGGAUAGAGAUAUUGACAGAUGAAAUUAUUUAUAAAAGAUGCAAGGACCUCAAUCCACUUUUAAACAUUACUGCUCUUAAUUAUAAAAAUAUUGUGGCAAAUAUUUUGAAUAACAUACAAAAAUACAUUGAUAAAGCUUCUGUUCAACAAAUAAAACUACGUAUUCAGAUAGAUGGAGGUUCAAUGAAAUUUGUUUUGAAUUUAUCAAAAGGAACACCACAAGAUUUUUGGGAAAUGAUAACUAAACCUCUGUGUCUAUCAUCAAUAGAAAUAAAUCGUCAAUAUAAAAUCCUUUUAGAUUUGGUAAAAAAGAAAGACAAAGAAAUUGCAGAAUAUAAAGCAGAAGGCGUUGAAUUACUUAGAAAGAAUAUUGAAACAAAAGUUUUUAAUGAGGAACAGCUAAAUACGACCAUUUCAUUUCCCAAUAUAAUCAACUAUAAUAGUGCGUUUCAAACAUGUGUCAAUUUUUGUAAUGAACUCAACUUGUGGAAAUGGAGCGAAAUAGGUCAAAAUUUUACCAGUGAUAAUAGUAAGGAUAAUAGUAUGGCACAAACGGAACAGAGUUCAAUUAUCUCUACUAACAAUGAGCACACUAAUGAAUCUGAAAAAGAUACAUUAAAAAACAUUAAAAUUGCAGCACCAAAUGGUAAAAAAAAAGUAAUCAAUAGCAACACAAAAACUAUAAAUACAAUGCACAAAAAACCUAUAAAAAGAUUACACAAAGGUUUAAAUACUUUUAUAUAAAAUAAUGCAAAAAGCACAGAAUUUAGAAUGCUAAUUUGUUUGCAAUAUUUUAAGGAAAGAGCCCUAUGUAUUCAUAAUACCUUUAGAUAGAUAGCUCAUAUUUUGCAUUUGAAAAAAAAUAGGAGAUAUCGCAUUUUGAUAUUUCUCAACAAAUACCUCCAAAGAUAUGAAAAGUGCAAAAAGAAGUAUUUAAUGAAAUUUUUCGGGUAUGAAAAAGAAUAG